UUUUCCUUUUGGUCUUCUUCUUCUUCUUUUUUUAAAACCCUGGUCCCUGUUUAUCCUGAAAAGGAUUUGAAGACAGCUUGAAGGAUAAAAAGCCUCGGUGCUUCCCAGGCGCCGAGCCGAGGAGCCGAAGAGGAAGAGCCGGGGCUGUUGGAGCCUUCAGAGAUGGACGAGCAGCCGAGGCUGAUGCAUUCCCACGCUGGGGUCGGGAUGGCCGGACACCCCGGCCUGUCCCAGCACUUGCAGGAUGGGGCCGGAGGGACCGAGGGGGAGGGCGGGAGGAAGCAGGACAUCGGGGACAUUUUACAGCAAAUUAUGACCAUCACAGACCAGAGUUUGGAUGAAGCGCAGGCCAGAAAACAUGCUUUAAACUGCCACAGAAUGAAGCCCGCCUUGUUUAAUGUGUUGUGUGAAAUCAAAGAAAAAACAGUUUUGAGUAUUCGGGGAGCCCAAGAAGAGGAGCCCACAGACCCCCAGCUGAUGCGACUGGACAACAUGCUGCUAGCGGAAGGGGUAGCCGGGCCCGAGAAGGGCGGAGGCUCAGCAGCAGCGGCAGCGGCGGCGGCAGCUUCUGGGGGCGCAGGUUCAGACAACUCAGUGGAGCAUUCCGAUUACAGAGCCAAACUCUCACAGAUCAGACAAAUCUACCACACAGAGCUGGAAAAGUAUGAGCAGGCAUGCAAUGAAUUCACCACCCACGUGAUGAAUCUCCUUCGAGAGCAAAGCCGGACCAGGCCCAUCUCCCCGAAGGAGAUUGAGCGGAUGGUCAGCAUCAUCCACCGCAAGUUCAGCUCCAUCCAGAUGCAGCUCAAGCAGAGCACGUGUGAGGCGGUCAUGAUCCUGCGCUCCCGGUUUCUGGAUGCGAGGCGGAAGAGACGGAAUUUCAACAAGCAAGCCACAGAAAUUCUGAACGAAUAUUUCUAUUCCCAUCUCAGCAACCCUUACCCCAGUGAGGAAGCCAAAGAGGAGUUAGCCAAGAAGUGUGGCAUCACGGUGUCCCAGGUAUCAAACUGGUUUGGAAAUAAGCGAAUCCGGUACAAGAAGAACAUAGGUAAAUUUCAAGAGGAAGCCAAUAUUUAUGCUGCCAAAACGGCUGUCACUGCCACCAAUGUGUCAGCCCAUGGAAGCCAAGCUAACUCGCCCUCCACUCCCAACUCAGCGGGUUCUUCCAGUUCUUUUAACAUGUCAAACUCUGGAGAUUUGUUCAUGAGCGUGCAGUCACUCAAUGGGGAUUCUUACCAAGGGGCCCAGGUUGGAGCCAACGUGCAAUCACAGGUGGAUACCCUUCGCCAUGUUAUCAGCCAGACAGGAGGAUACAGUGACGGACUCGCAGCCAGUCAGAUGUACAGUCCGCAGGGCAUCAGUGCUAAUGGAGGUUGGCAGGACGCUACUACCCCUUCAUCAGUGACCUCCCCUACAGAAGGCCCUGGCAGUGUUCACUCUGAUACCUCCAACUGAUCUCCCAGCAAUCGCAUCCCGGCUGACCCUGUGCCGCAGUUGGGGCAGGGGCAGGAGGGAGGGUUUCUCUCCCAACGCUGAAGCGGUCAGACUGGAGGUCGAAGCAAUCAGCAAACACAAUAAGAGUCUCCUUCUCUUCUCUUCUCUUCUUUGGGAUGCUAUGUCAGCCAAUCUGGACACUUCUUUAUACUCUC